ACUGAAUCGGUUCAAAGUGAGGCUGAGGAAUCGUCCUGAUGAACACCAGAGAAAAGAUAACCUGGAAACAGAGACAGAAGAAAUCGAAGAGGAAGAUGUCGGUGUUAUUUCUGAACAUCCUUUGAUUUCAGUGGACCCAUCACGUGUGAUUAAUGAAAUGACCACUAUUACUAGUGAGGUCACGUUACACGUGGGCCGCCGGAAGUCCGUGCGAACGUUAACUAUCACAACUACUAUCCAACGCACGCUAGAACCUUCUGAAUUGACACCCAUUGGCCUAACUGACAACUCCAAGGUAGACAAUGACUUUCUGCCAUCGCUCAGUUCAUCUUACCACGUGAUUUCACGAACCUAUUCUACAACUGAGCACAGUUGGCGCACCUCGUUAGUUCCUAUUGAAGAUGGAGAGACUAAAAUCAUGCAUACAGUCACUGAAAGUUUCAUCAUCCGGAAGAUGAUCACGGCGUAUCGCACCGUACCAGCUGAUGACCUCUUACUAAAUGAAACUUUGGAAUCAGAUUUGGAAAUCCCUUUCGGUGACAAUUUGGAAGAUGAUCUAAGAGACGAAACGUUUACAUCCCAGUCAACAGUCCAACAACAAACACCACCUCCAAAGUCUCUUCAGCUUCAGAAUUCCAACUUGGAUCCCUCAAUGUUGUCACUCUCAAGUCCAGGAAACCUCCCUCUACAAAUGGCCAAUCCUUUGCUGUCACUAGGAGCUGCUCUGAAUAGAAACCCCCUUGCUGCUGUAUACUUAGGCUUACAACAGUUGAACCGUCAGGCGACUCUAUAUUCCACUGUUACCAAGACGACGUCUUACGUAACUACCGCUACCGUGUACAGCACGAAAGUGGUUAAAUUCUACGAUGGUCGGAACACUCGUUCACGGACACUGUCCGAAUCUCUGUCCACUACAGUUCGUACGGUCACGACGCAUAGUACUACCUUACAACCCGUAAUCAACACCCAAGCAUCCCAGCUACAACAACAGUUACAGGAUUUGAUUCGCACCCAACUCCAACCACCUGGUCCACCACAAUAUAACACUGUAACGUCAUCGUACACAACUGUUACCAUGGCCACUAGUACAAGCACACAUAUAUACACACUUACUUACAACGCUUUCAGCACCAAAUAUCGUACCGUUACUAGCACCAGUUUGUAUCUAACCACCAUUUCAACUUACAGCACUUCGGAAGUGCCAAUUCUUGCUACAGCGCCACCUGGUAGUGGUUAUCAAUUUUAUGGAUAGACUCUCGAAGCACUUUUUUUUUUUUUUAGCUGUUCAAAAUAAUUUGAUUUUGAAGACAAAUGUUAUAAGUUGCGUGUCAACAAUCAUGACAGUGUUCCAGACGUUGCACGGGUGUUGAAGUUAACCAUUUAACUGACUUUCACAAGACUAUUUUGAAUAGUGGUUAAUACCCGGCAUCCUCAUCGUGAUUUCAAGUUUUUGAAAAUGGGACAAAAGGAGUUGGGCAACAAUAUACAUUUUACGGCAUAACACAAAGUUCCGGAAAUAGUUAAGAGUUGGGCAACAAUAUACAUUUUACGGCAUAACAAAAAGUUCCGGAAAUAAUUAAUUUGAUAUAUACGUUAGGUAAUGAUUCGAUGGCUGUUACUUUUAUAACACAUAUUAAUUUUCACCAAACAAAAACGUGGUCUUUAGCAUCACAUACAUAAAAAGGUCUUACGUAAUAUUUAUACGUUAUGUUACGAGUGUUUCUGUAGUAAGUAUUUAUAUUUUAGGGAGACAGAAACACGACUAUUUCUGCAAAGAUGUGUUUUGGACAGGGUUUGUUUUUAUCUUUGAUUUUUUUCUUCUUUUUUUUUGUGCUGUUAGGUAUUAUUUUAGUGAUUGUAAAGUUAAACUUAAGAUUAAAGCAAUUUUGAAUAGAAAUAGUAUUUUUACUUUCAUACUAACUCUGACCUACAAGUAUCUGAAUGUAUAAUAUUUCAAUCAGAUCUUCUGGUGCUCUUUUCAAAAGUGUUCAAGUUACUGAGUUGCUUUAAUUGUGACUUAUCUGUUGAUUUGAUCAUACGUUUUCAACCAUGAUCAUGAUGUUAUCAUCCAAGUCUAAUAAUUAUGAGUUUCUAUUUGAAUUUCAACAGUUUAUAUACGUACAAUAAAAUUAAAUGUAACAAUCGUUUAUUGGUAAAAACCCUCAUAUACUAUGUUAAUAUAACAAUUACAUUAGAUAACCCAAUUUGGGCGCGGUAUUUUUACAAUAUAUUUCGUUCUUAUGAAACAGAAACUUUUGUUUUAAAGAGAAACAGGAUUUAUGCAAGUAUGUAUGUGAAGUUGUCAAUCAAAUGUUUUUUUGCGACUUAAAAUCAUUAAUAUUGAAUAAACGUGUUUAUAAUAUUGAAUAAACGUGUUUAUAAUAUUGAAUAAACGUGUUUAUAAUAUUGAAUCACGUGUUUAUAAUAUUGAAUCACAUGUUUAUAAUAUUGAAUCACGUGUUU